UCUAUCCUAUCUUGACAGAGUGACGUACAGUAUCCUGGCACCUUAUUAACAAAAUGUUUCUCCUGUCUCUGUUUCUUGGCAUCUGGCUUCUCCCGACAGUUGAUUCCAUUGAAUGUUAUAACUGUCCAAGGGAACUCUCUCAAGUAGACUGCACGACAAAAAGGAAAUGUGCCACAGAGGAUUAUCUAUGUGGUACAGGAAGCAUGGUGCGGUUUGAAGGGGGUUCCAAACACUCAGAGAACAAGGCUCGAGGCUGUGUACUGCCUCAUCAAUGUCUCAACGGAUCAAUAAACACUGGAAGCUCUAAACUUGUGGUUACCUCAGUGUGCUGCAAAUCAAACCUCUGCAACAGUCAAGAUUUUCCUGAACCUCCUGAAUUCUCCUCAAAUGGCAAAAAGUGUUUUAAAUGUGUCGGAUCAGACUGCACUGGAAGUGUAAACUGUGAGGGAAAUGAAGACUAUUGCUACAUAUCAAAAGUUAAAACAGACAAAGGAACUAUAACUGAGAAGGGCUGUGCCUCCAAGCUAAUCUGUUCAGAGAAUUCAGUGAAUUGGUUUUCCUUUAACUGCCAGGGUGACAACUGUAAUGGUGCCGGCAUUAUAAGUGUGCAGCAGAACCGAGCCGUGAGCUCCUGGGCUUGGGACCGAGCUAACAAACCCAACCCGGUGACGGUAGCCUGGAUACCGGCGGCCCCAUGCCCCGGCAGGUGGGGGGAGUAUAGGGCUGCCGCUGUCCAGGCAGGUAUAAAAAGUGGGACGUCUGGUUACCCUAUUUACACCUAG